AUGUCCGGCGCAUUCAGAUGUGCAGCCCGGAGCUUUUCACAGCUUCGAGAUGCGCCAACUUUCACAAGACCAGCGAGCAUCGUCCGGAUAUCGCGAUCAUCAUAUCGACGAUCGAAACGGCCACAUACGUAUCAGCAAACACGACAACUCACUACAGAAACGAAGGACUGGGUUCUUUCGGAGACUCGUGCUGCAAUCAAAUGGACUACGAUAGCUUGGACUGCUCUCGGUCUUGGAGGAGUAAUUUGGUUCGGACUUCAGCUUGAAUGGGCAGAGAAAGAGAAUCCGACUCCGGCAGAAUGGACUUUUUGGACUCGACAGUCGUUGAGAGACGCAAGAGCAAUCUACGACACGCGCAAAUUGAAUAUUGGCAACGCUGUGGACUAUGCUGGAGCAGGAUUGGGCUUCGCAGAGGUAUUGCGUCGGUUGGAGGAUGACAAGAUCGACGGUCAAGAUUUGGACAACGGUGGUGACAUUUACGUUCCUGGAGUAGGAACCGCGGGAGUCAACUUCUCGGCCAAAUCGUGGGCAUGGCGAGCAGGAUACGUGGAGACAGUGAUGAGCUUGGGCAAAUGUGCGGAAAACUGUGACGAGCUGGUCUUGGACACAACGCGAGGCAUCGUCUUCUCUCGGGAAGUCAUAAUCGGCCCCUCAAAUCCCGACCCAAGACCUGUACCAAUGGGAUCGAGCGCGGCGCCGCUUGAGGAGAAUUGCAUACGGCCUCUCGACGCGCCCGAGACAUACUACAUGCGCAUUCUCACCGGCACUGGAUUCACCACGAAGCACAAACUAGAUGCGGCACUAGCAUAUGCUAGUUGGUUGGAAUAUCAAAACCUGCAUGACAGUGCCGGUGAGAUGUACGAAUGGGGUGUGGACAUUGCUUUGCGCGCACUACCGGACGGAAUCGAUGCAUCAAGAGUCAUUGAUGAGGACUCAGGCGUGCUCAAAGCUGGAGCAGAAACGACAGCAAACAUUCUCACCGCCAGCACCGCUUUGGCGAAACAUCACGCCAUCGUCGGGAACGUCUCCGAGGCGCUGCCCAUCUUACUAUCCGUGCUACGCGCACGACGAACCGCUCCUAUCUCCACUCGCCGCCCCCCUUCGCAGUCACUAAGUGACUAUCCUCCCCCGCGAUUCUCAUGGAUUUGGUCGACCCUCUUCCGAGAACCUGACUUUACACAACCACCUCCUUCGGGCGACACUCCGAUCACGCGAGUUGUAGAGCAAGCCACCUGUGACGACGCUGAAUUGAUGAUCUACAUUGGCGAGAUACUGUUUGCCUCGGCUGCAGGUAAAUCUCAAACGGCGAACCGAGACCAGGGCCUCUCCUGGACGCGACAAGCCGUGUCGGUCGCCGAGGCGAAUUUGACACAAGACGCGAGUAUCCCGGGAUCCACGCCGCGCUCAAGAGCGGACAACCAGAAGAAGUGCCAGCAAUGUCUAAACACGGCUGUUGGAAAUUGGGAGACGAUGCUGGAGCGCCUGCUCGAACAGACACAUGCGACGCCGGAGAAGAAGAGCUGGUUCGGCCGCAGCAAAGGUUCUGCAGAUCACACCGAGGAAUCACUAUUGGCCGAUAUUGCUCGUGUCGCUGUGCUCAAGGAUCGCCUAGUGCGUCAGCGAUCGGCGGAAUGA